AUGUUCCCACUUAGACUCCUCGUGGUGCACUACUUGCUUGUUAGAUGCUCAAUUCAAAUAGAGACGGAAGAUGAAGGUGCUGGAUACGGCGGCGAUCAGUUGCAGAAUGUAUUGGAUGACGAUUUUAGCAACGUUUUCAAUGAUGAGUCACUGUCUGAUGAUAUUCAUUGUCCAGUAAAGUGCAAUCCAAACACUGACAAGUUGUGCUUGGUUACCAAUGAGGCAUUGGGAACCUCGAUUUUUGAAACCUUCAAAGAAGGGACUAACUAUCUUUCAAUCACAAGUUGUGGAGAUGGUGUCAAGUUUGGUGAAGAAGGAAUGGAGUUGACAAUUGAAAAUAAAUUCGAAAAUCCUGCCUUGACAUCUAGUUUUUACAUUAUGUAUGGCAAAGUUGACGCUGAAAUUAAGGGUGCGUUUGGUAGUGGCAUUGUGAGCUCCCUCUAUUUGCAAAGCGAUGAUUUGGACGAAAUUGAUAUAGCUGAGAUAUUAGGCGGAGAUCCAUUUGACUAUCAAACAAAUUACUUUAUCAAGGGCAACGUCACCUCCUAUGAUAGAGAAAGAUAUCAUAAGUUGCAAGUGAGCCCGUUGAAGGAGUACUACAAGUAUGGUGUUGAAUGGACACCUAGUAAGAUAAUAUGGUACCUCGAUGAUCAACCAGUACGUCAAUUGAGUUGUAAAAACAAGCAAGGUUUUCCAACAUCUCCAAUGGCGAUUAAGAUUAGUUUAUGGGCAGGGGAAGAUACAGAAAAUGAAGGGACAAUUGCAUGGAGCAAGGGUUUAACGAACUACCAAGAUGGCCCAUUUACUAUGAAUGUAAGGAACUUGAUGGUUAGUGAUUACUCUUCGGGAAAAACGUAUUCAUAUGGUUGGUUACCGAAUGGUUCAUGGUUGGACUUGGUUGCUAACGAUGGAGAAAUAUCUACAUUAAAGAAUGAAAAUGAUGUGGGAUUUGAUAGCCCUGUCCAAAUAUUGACACCCCCACAAGAUUAUACGACUGAUUUUACGGUGCCAAGAGAAAGGCAUGGUGAUUGGACAAUUCCUCACGAACGUGUUUGGACACCCACAUGGUCAGCUACCCUGACUGAGUUGAUUGAUUAUGCAUCCAUCACCGACGAUAACGACUCUCAACUCGAUGAUGCUAUUGACGAUCCUAUUGAAUAUGCGUUCCCCACAUUGCCAGUAGACCGAGGUGUCAAAAACAAGCAAGUGGUGGAUAGAAACCAAGCAGAGCUUGCACCAGUUACUAAAACGGAUUCCAAAAUCUCCGAAUUGAUUAGCGAGUCCUGGUUUGCAACAACCUCAACUAUGGCGGCAGAGUAUCAUUUUACAACACUUAUCCAUAAUAGCAAAAUGACAGCCAAGCCCAUAGCUCCAGCCAGACCUGAGAAGGCUAAACCUGAGUGGCCCAAAACAGAAAAGGCUAAACCAGAGAAGGCUAAAUUAGAUAAGCCUAACUCAGACAAGCCCAACUCAGACAAGCCCAACUCAGACAAGCCCAACUCAGACAAGCCCAACUCAGACAAGCCCAACUCAGACAAGCCCCUGUCAGAGAAGCUCGAGCCAGAAAAAUUCAAGCCAGAAAAGUUCACUCCUACUAAGUCAACUAAGGUUACGGAUCCGAGCAGGGUUAGCAGAACCACCACGACGUCGGUGGAGACUGAGUUUAUACAAUUCCCUGAAGAGCAUCGACAUCAUCAACAUCACCAUUAUCCUCAUCCAAAACAAAAAGUUGGCUCUCAUGAACCGCAAGUUGAAUCAGGUGUCGCUCGCUUACUCGUGAUACCCGUUGCCGCUAUGUUACUCACCGAACUUCUUGUACUCGUUACGUCAUUAUAA